UUUCUCUCUCUCUCUCUCUCUCUCUCUAUAUAUAUAUAUAUAUCUCAUACACACACAGGUUACAAAGUGAUUUUCUUGGGUGCUAUGUUUCCAGAAAUGGCAAUGAGGGAUGAUCAAACUCAAGAGACCUUAAAGAGCCAAGAAGAGCAUAAAGGAGUGAAACACAUGUGUGAAAUGGGCAUCACAAGAGUUCCCAACAAGUAUGUUCUCCCAGUCUUUAACCGUCCCUACGAUUCGAUAACCGUGAAACCCUAUGAUGACGACAAUCUCGACCUACCCAUCAUUGAUUUUGCACAAUUGCAUGGUCCCAACCACGCCCAACUCAUUGCUUCCGUGGCUCAUGCAUGUGAAAAUUAUGGGUUUUUCCAGAUGAUAAACCAUGGGAUAUCAAGUGAUGUAGUAAGGAAGAUGGAAGAUGUGGGUAGAAGGUUCUUUGAGCUACCUCUGGAGGAGAGAAAGAAGUAUAUGUCUACAGACAUUCAUUCUCUUGUUCGAUAUGGAACAAGUUUCAACCAGACAAAUGAUGGUGUCUUUUGUUGGAGAGACUUCUUGAAGCUGGUUUGCAAUCCAGAUGCUUAUUCUCAAUGGCCUUCUUCUCCUUCCAAUUUUAGGGAAAUGGGAGUAGGGUAUGCAAGAAAGACAAAAUUGUUGUUCCAACUGCUAAUGGAAGUUAUCCUAGAAAGCCUUGGAUUGGGACUAGCAAACACAAAGAAGACACCAAAAACUGAUCAAGAAUUCGGCCAAGGCAACCGCGGCAAUAAGGCGGAGGAAUACGAUGAUUUUAGAAAGGAUAUGGAAGACGGUAGCCAGUUAAUGGUGGUGAAUUGCUAUCCACCAUGCCCGGAGCCAGAACUAACGUUUGGAAUGCCACCGCACUCUGAUUAUGGAUUCCUCACCCUCCUCCACCAGGAUGAAGUCGAAGGCCUUCAAAUUCUUUUCAAAGAUCGGUGGGUGACUGUUCGACCUCAUCCUCAGUCGUUCGUUGUUAAUGUUGGUGAUCACCUUGAGAUAUUUAGCAAUGGAAGGUACAAGAGCGUGAUGCACAGGGUGCUUGUGAAUUCCAUGAAAUCUCGGAUAUCAGUGGCAUCUUUGCAUAGUCUACCAUUUGCGACACUUAUUAGACCGUCACCAGGACUAAUAAAUGACGAAAAUCCCCAACGAUACAAGGACACUAGUUUCACAGAUUUCGUUCAAUACAUUACAACCUGUGAUUCCAAACACAAAAAAUUUCUAGAUACUAGAAAAAUUUGUCACAAUUAUUUGUAAUAUUGAAAGUUUGAACGAAAAUAUUACAGUUAUAAAAAUAUAUGGGACUCCAU